AUGGCCGAGACACAACCAGAACAGACAAAUAGCCAAUAUAAAGGCACUGCGCAGAUGUUCCAAAACUUCCCCACAGCCACCGGGUCCAAACCCAACGACGAUGACUCGAAGGCCCCAUUGCCCAAAGGUGUGGUUUUAGACAAGGAUGGCAAGCCGUGUCGAACCUGUACCUCCGUCGCCUCAUGGCGCGCAUUGACAAAGCAAGCGGACAUGAAAAGCUCGGCCAGCACAAGCACCACAACCUCAACGCCCGCACUCGCAGCCGCCGCAACACCCUCACCAAGCGAGCUUCCCUCCGACUGUCCGCCGGACGUCGAACAACUCGGCCGCUCAACCUGGACACUCCUGCACUCGAUGGCGGCUACAUACCCGGAAAAAGCCAGCACGGAGCACCAGAACAACAUGCAGGGAUUCCUGAAGUUUUUCUCGAAGUUGUACCCGUGCUGGGUGUGUGCGGAUGAUUUCCAGACGUGGAUGGCGCAUCCGAGUGGGCGGAACCAGCCGAAGUUGGGGAGUCGGAAGGAGUUUGGAUGGUGGAUGUGCGAGGCGCAUAACGAGGUGAAUCGGAAAUUGGGCAAGAAGGAGUUCGAUUGUCGGUUUUGGGAGGAGAGGUGGCGCAGUGGGUGGAAGGAUGGCCGUUGCGAUUGA